UAUUCAAAGAGAAAGAGAGAGGAGGGGGACUACAUGAUCAAAGUGUAAAACUGGAAUGUGGGACUCACUCCUGAACACUUGGUGCUAAAAAAAAUUAUCUACCAACAAGUUUACAAAAUGGGAACUUGCACAAAAAUCCUUUUAGGUAGUAUAUGUGCUGCUUUUCUAGCUGUCAAGUGGACUGCACCCAGUUUUGACGCAGAAUCUCUCAGAGGAGCCAGGAUCUUGGUGACUGGGGCCAGUACGGGUAUUGGUGAACAAAUGGCAUAUCACUAUGCCCGCUUUGGUGCCCAGAUAGUAAUUACAGCAAGGAGGGAGAAAGUGUUACAGCAGGUGGCAGAAAAGUGCCUGAGUUUAGGAGCCCAGAAAGCUCUCUAUGUAGCAGCAGACAUGGCCAGUGAGUCAGACGCCGACAAAGCCGUAGAUUUUGCUCUGGAAAAGCUCGGAGGGUUGGAUUACCUGGUUCUCAACCACAUUGGCCCGAGCCCCUUCAGCAUGUGGGACGGAGAUGUGGAGCACACCAGGUGGCUGAUGAAGGUCAAUUUCUUCAGCUACAUUCAGAUGGCUUGGAAAGCUUUGGCAUCCCUUGAGCAAAGUAAAGGAUCGCUGGUGAUUGUUUCAUCGCUUUUAGGUAAAAUGCCCAGUCCCUUCGUGGCACCGUAUGCAGCAACAAAAUUUGCCUUGAAUGGUUUCUUUGGGGCCCUUCAGCAUGAGCUGGCUAUGAAGAAGAGCAAUGUGUCCCUCUCUAUAUGUACGCUGGGGCUCAUCGAUACUGAAUCAGCUAUGGAGAAAGUCAGGGGAGUCACUAAUGUACCAGCCUACCCUGCAGCAGACGCAGCCUUGAACAUCAUCAUUACAGGAAGUACGAGACAGCUGGAGCUCUUCUACCCUUGGCUCACCCACAUUGUGACUUUGAGCAAAGACUGGUUCCCUUCCAUCACAAACUAUAUCAUCCAGAACUCCUACAACUACAUCCCAUGAAAAACAUCAAUUCGGCAAUUGAUUUAUUCCACUAACCAAAUUUAGCCUCAAUAAAUAAAGUUGUACACCCAGACUUUUCCUGUAUUAUGCUCAUUUUCAGGUUCGGACUCCAGGUUAAAAAAUCCUCACACUGUCUGUCUGAAUAUACCUGUAUUUACCCUCAGUCUAGCGCAUUACAACGGAAUUGACCCCUUCGCUAUUCCCCGUCCCCCCACUGCUACUCCGUCAAGCUGUCAGAGCUACCAUAGAGCCAACACUGUCACUAACUACGCUCCCCGCACAAAUAUCUAGUUAUGUUUUGGGGAAAAACAAAAAAGCGAUUUCAGAGAGAAGCAGACAGAAUUGUCUACACUAUGUGUUUGGAGGAUGUAUCACAAUGUCAAACUGAUUCAGCAGAGAAAACAGGUCAGAGUUACCAUGGAGCCCACACACUUUUUAGAUAAAGAUAGACGCCUACAGAUUACAGUGUAAAAGUGAACCACCACCAUCCCCUGGCGACUGAGACAGAAGACAAUGAAAUUAAGGAACAUCACUGUUGCAAUCAUUACAACGCAAAAGCAGCAUGAGCUGGAUAUGAAGCAGAGCAAUGUGUCCAUCUCUAUAUGUACACUGGGACUCAUUGAUACUGAGGCUCUUGUCAUAUCACGCAUUGACUACUGCAACUCCCUACUAGCAGGCCUCCCUGCAUGCACAUUCAAACCUCUGCAGAUGAUCCAGAACGCAGCAGCGCGACUGGUCUUCAACCAACCCAAAACAGGUUGGGUUGGUUUGCAAUUCAGGUACUAUUGGUUUUCUACUAAGGUUUCAGACAUACUAAUAAAUCUCACAUACUGUUUUAGCGUACUGAAUAGCAUGUUAGUAUAGAAUUUCAGACGCAACGUGGGACAUUAUGUAGAAUGUUUACGUUUAAAACUGUGAAAUGGUUUAUAUGUUGUAUAUUUGUGACAUCACUACUGUACAGAAAUCCUGACGGCUCGUUUAAAGGCCCAAUUUCUGAAUAUGGGCUGUGUGUAUUUCUCCAUGGAUUGAGCGUUUGGAUACUUUCACAGUAUUUAUAUUGCACUUAAACCUACUUACAGUCAAAUGGAUCAGGUUACAAUAGUGUGUCACUAAAAACAAACUGAACCUUGUCCUCUAUUCCUGGUCUUGCUUUUGGGAGAGGUCCAGUUAUAAAAAGUCCACAGUGGA